CGCAGGUUGGUUUUGGGUAAUUCGUAGAUAUCAGCGGUAGCACGGCCGUACGAGAUGACUCACCUGCGAACUUGCCAGCCUAGUCGCAGUUGUACGCUUUGCAGUACUAAGUUUCAUGAGUUUCAGCGGGACGAUUGGUAUCGGAUCGUCCCCGCGAGAUUGCCCAACGGGAGUGGGCUUUGAUGAACCUCGCCCCGCAUGGUUGGAUAUUAGCUCCGGCGCAGGAAAAGCACCUGUCCCGUAAUAUUAUUAGUUAAGCCAAUAGAUACGUGGUGUCUUCUCAACGUGCAACGACGGCGCCAUGAGUGACAAUGAUCGAAGUGCGGGCGUAUUCGCCGUUGCGGUGGCCUUCCUUGUUCUCACAUGGAUCAUGGUUCCGCUUCGGGUCUACGUACGAGCAGUUAUGACCAAAUCCUUCGGCCUCGACGACUGGUUGCUAAUGGUCACGCAGGCCCUCUUUACCACAUAUCUCUCAAGCCAGCUAGGGGGAUGGUAUUAUGGUACUGGCAGGCACAGAGCUGAUCUUACUCCGGAGAAUAACAGCAAGGCUUUGAAUUUCUGGUUUAUCUGUGAGAUCUUUUACGUCCUUACUGCCACAUUCAUCAAGCUCGCCGUAGGUGUCUUCCUGCUUCGCCUUUCCGUUGUCCAAUUUCACACCUGGUUUCUUCGUAUUCUCAUGGCUGGGAGUGUUGUAUUUGGAACCUCAUAUCUAUUCAUUGUUUUGUUUCAAUGUCAACCCAUAAGCACAUUCUGGGCAGAGGCGCCCGGCACUCCCGGAAAAUGCUUGGCAAAUAACCCAGUUGCAAUCGCUACAUAUGUCGCGUCGGUUAUCAAUUGCCUUGCAGACUGGGCUUUUGGUAUAUUGCCAAUGUUUAUUGUGUGGUCGCUGAACAUGAAGAAAAAGUUGAGGAUCAUUGUCAUGUUUAUCCUUGGGUUUGCUUCCAUUGGAAGUACUGCGACGAUAGUUCGAAUGUUCUACAUUCCUGAUAUGCUUAAUGGGCGAGAUUUCUUAUGGACCACAACAAACUUUGCAAUUUGGAGCACAGUUGAGCCGGGUAUUGGUAUCAUCGCAACCUCGAUAGCAACCCUCAGACCUGUGCUGCAGCUUGUCUUGGGCAAGCUUAGACUGUCGCGAACAUACCAACUGAGUAAAAGCUCGCCCUGGACCACUUCCCAUGGCUACGUGAAAACGGACGAGCAUUCGAUGUCUGGCUUGCGGCCGAGCGAUAGAGUUACCACCACAACCGUUGCUGGUCCGAAGGAGCCUGCUCCUCCAUCUUUCAAACAUCUACGACCCCAGACAAGUGUGGAGUCUAUCGAGUUGGCCGGUAUUACGAAGACAGUAGAGGUUUCGUUAUCGAGUGACAUAGCUGAUGUGGUCAGACUUUGAACAUCACUCGACAAAAAGACGGAGGUUACGUUCAGUUAGGCCGAUAUGAGCAAUAUCUCUUCAAUUGGCGCUAGAACGAAGGUGAUGGUAAUAGUGGCGGUACGGACAAUAUUCUAGUAGCAAAUGACCAAUCCCGAAAUCAGUGUCAAUUCUACGUAAGGCGAGUUGUAUGUAGCAAGAAACAGUCCGACAUCGACUCUUUUUAUUUAUAAUAUUAAGGCUCAACAAGUGGUGGAGAAUGUGUUGGAGCUCUCCUUUGUCGGAUAUAAAAGAUAUUAGGGGGCUUAGUUCGAUGUAAGGCUCUGUUGGCAACUGCGUAUCGGCCGUAAAGGUUUCUGUGUUUUCUCCGACGUUAAAGUCACUAUCGCUGGACUCCGAUUCAGAAGCAC